GGACAACAAUAUUUAUAGGCCUCAUCUCAUCAUGCUUUCCCGCACCCUCCUCAUACUUCUCUUGGUUCGACUUAGCACGGACGCUGUGAUCGUGGAUCAUGGCGACACUGAAGCAAGAGUCUUGAUUUUGGGCGCCGGGGCUUCUGGCUUACAAGCAGCCAGGACUCUCCAUGAUGCUGGACUUGAUGACUUCAUCAUCAUCGAGGCUGCUGAUCGGAUUGGCGGUCGUGUCCAUAGCACUCAAUUCGCUGGAGUUACGGUCAACCUUGGGGCCCUGUGGGCAGCUCCGGAAAAUUCUCCAACCGACCAAAUUGUCAAAAAACUGGACUUAAGUCGUCACAUGAGUAAUUACGACAGCUUAACAAUACGUAACACGACCGGAGACGAUGUGACUGAUGAAGCCGAUGCGAACUACGAACGUUUGGAGAAAGGUAUCAAUAAGCUCCAAGAACUGCAGAUGAAAAUGCUGAAGGACGACAAUAUUCCAGACAUGUCCCAGCGUUCUGCUCUUCGAAUCGGUGGGUGGCAACAACCUCAAAGUGCUAUUGACAAAGCGAUUGAAUGGUUUGGUUUUGAUUUCGAGUACGGGGAGCCACCCGAAGUUUCCUCCACUAAGGAGGCUGUUGUAGCCCUGGGUGAUGAGACCAUAGACUACAUCACUGACGACAGAGGAUUCGGUCAAAUCUUUGAUGAAGUUGCUGGUUUCCUGAAGACACCAGAAUACAUCAACCACACACGUCUGAAUCAGAAGGUGGUAUCCAUCGACCACACUGACGACCUAUCUGUCGUUGUGACGUGUGAGGACGGUACGCGAUACGUCGGCGAGUAUGUCCUCAUUACUUUCAGUAUUGGCGUCUUGCAGAAUGAUUUGAUCCAGUUUAUUCCGCCUCUCCCGGAAUGGAAAGAUGUGGAGAUCAAGAAAUUCCAUAUGGCUGCGUACACCAACAUCUACGUGAGUUUCCCCAGCAAGUUCUGGGAUGAUACUGAAUGGAUUCUGUACGCCAGCGAGAGAAGAGGGUACUAUCCACUGUUUCUCAACUACCAGGCAGAGGGUCUCUACCCGAGCGGGACCCCCAUGAUGCUGAUCACUGUUGCUGGCGAUGAAUCUCGUCGUGUUGAGGCACAACCACUGGCCAAGACAAAACAUGAGAUACAAGAAGUCCUCCGUAACAUGUAUGGUGACUCCAUCCCCGAAGCGACCGACAUCUUGGUGAGUGACUGGUCCCAGAACCCUCUCACCAAAGGCUCUUACAGCAACCUCCCCGUUGAGGUCCCGAGCGAAUGCCGACAGAAAUUGGAGAGCCGAGUGGGCCGUCUCUUCUUCGGCGGAGAGGCGACCUCCCGGCAGUUUUACGGCUACAUAGCCGGGGGCCUACAGUCAGGAGAGCGUGAGGCACGCAAGCUACUGCAGUGUCUUGAUGACUUUGAGGGGUGCCCUGCCAUUGAAGGUAUCGGCCUCGAAUGCGAACAGCCGAAUUUGGCGUGCAGGCUGCACGGCAGUGAAGUUCUCCUGACCCUUUUUGGUCUCCUAGCUGCACUUUUUAAAAUAUAAUUUUAACUUGUACAUAUGGGUUAUUUGCAAGGUACCUUAAUGAUGGUAAAGGGUUUUCACUGAUAAAUUUAGGAUGUAUACGUGUACAAUGGCUCUCUUUAAUUUCCUUGGUAAACUAAUUUAUGUCGCAAAUAAGGUGCAGGGGUACAUAAUGUAGGGGUCUGGGGAUUCCCUGGUGAGAUAAUUAGCUUUGAUGUGAAUGUGAACUGUGACCUGCAGGUCUCUGGCACGAGAUCAAUAGACCUUUUCACUAAUAAAUUCAUAAUUGUGCACGCAUGUCCACAAAUGGCCUAGCGGCAACAAGUGUG